AUGUCGUGCUCCAAAUGUACCAUCACCUACUAUUGCGGCCGUGACUGUCAAAGAAAGGAUUGGAAAGAGGGCGGUCACAAGCAAGAGUGCAAAAAGAUUGCUGCUCAAAAGUUUGGUGUAAAGCUGUGUUCCAAGCAUUGUGACGAACCCAUUUCAACGAUGAUCUCAUUGAAUACACGACAAACUAUCCAAGACAGUUUCCGCAAACCAGAAGGCGUCUUGUUUGAUGAAAAGUUUGUUGUCAAGGUUCAAUGUAACAGCAAACUUCCCCCAAUGAUGAUUUAUGAUGAGAGUCGACAAUGUCAGUUUGGCUACAAGCCAACAGGACCGGGAUUCUCAGAGGUCUUUGAAACAGUCCAAAACGAGCCAGCCUGGGAAGGACGAAAGACAUUCAUGAAGGCAUCCUUCAACAACGCUGGAGAAUGUAUCAUGUAUCCAGCUACUGCAGGUGUCAAGAACAAGUAUUCGUGGUAA